CUCCCAUAUUAGGUUAGAGGCACGUUGAGUCGAUUACCUAAUGUAGGUACCUGAUAUAUCCGCCAGGUAAUGGGAUUUCCCUCAAUGGAUGAUGCAAGUUCACUCGGGUCGUUAUGUACCUAAGUAUUGGGUAUACGCAUGGCGGGGCGGGAAAACGAUGGGGCGAUCCAAUGACGAGGACGUCGAUGGUAAGUAUGGAGGGUUGGAAUGAUCUCAAACUUGACCAUCUUCUACAGACUCCGGCGAGUCUUGCCGUCGCCGAUCGACCUCGACCCGACACAAAUGGCGUCGUUAUAUCGGAUCGCUGGCUGCGGCGCCAGACGCCUAGGGCUCGUACGGCCGGCUCUACGCGCCUUUUCGCAGACUGCCCUGCGCAGAGCCAACGAGAUCCCCAACCAACCCACCACCCUUCAACCCGUCGACCCGGCCUUCGCCCAUCCCAGCGAUCCGUACGGGGCCCAGGAUCACGACAGCACCCUCAGCGCCCCGCAGGGAGACGGUAUUAGCGACCGCAAGGUCCGCCAUUACACCGUCAACUUCGGUCCCCAACACCCGGCUGCCCACGGCGUGCUGCGACUGAUUCUCGAACUGAACGGCGAGCAGAUCGUCCGUGCCGACCCCCACGUCGGAUUAUUACAUAGAGGCACGGAGAAGUUGAUCGAAUACAAGACCUAUAUACAAGCCCUGCCCUACUUUGACCGGCUCGACUACGUUUCCAUGAUGACCAACGAGCAAUGCUUUGCCCUCGCCGUCGAGAAGCUGCUGAACGUAGACAUUCCGCAGCGGGCCAAGUUCAUCCGCACCAUGUUCGGCGAGAUCACGAGAAUCCUCAAUCACCUCAUGUCUGUCCUGUCGCAUGCCAUGGACGUUGGCGCCCUGACACCUUUCCUAUGGGGCUUCGAGGAGCGAGAGAAAUUAAUGGAAUUCUACGAACGCGUUUCCGGUGCCCGUAUGCAUUCCGCUUAUGUGAGGCCCGGCGGCGUCCACCAGGACCUCCCCAUAGGCCUCCUCGACGAUAUCUACCAAUGGGCUACCCAAUUCGGCGAUCGAAUUGACGAAACCGAGGAGAUGCUCACGGAUAAUCGUAUCUGGAUCCAUAGAUUGCAGGGCGUCGGCGUAGUUCCUGCCAACGAGGCCCUCAACCUCUCCUUUACCGGCGUCAUGCUACGGGGGUCUGGUGUUCCGUGGGACGUCCGAAAGAGCCAGCCGUACGACGCAUACGACCAAGUCGAGUUUGACGUACCUGUCGGCAUCAAUGGCGACUGCUACGACCGAUACUUGUGUCGAAUGGAGGAGUUCCGUCAGUCCCUGCGAAUCAUCCACCAGUGCCUGAACAAGAUGCCAGCCGGUCCGGUUCGCGUUGAGGACUACAAGAUUUCGCCGCCGCCUCGAGUGGCUAUGAAGGAGAAUAUGGAGGCGCUCAUCCACCACUUCUUACUGUACACCAAGGGCUACGCGGUACCGCCUGGCGAGACGUACUCGGCAAUCGAAGCACCAAAGGGCGAAAUGGGAGUUUACGUCGUUAGCGAUGGUAGCGAGAGGCCAUAUCGAUGCCACAUCCGCGCCCCUGGCUUUGCGCACUUGGGCGGCUUCGACCAUGUUUCUAGAGGGCAUCUGCUGGCCGAUGCGGUAGCGAUAAUCGGUACGAUGGAUCUGGUGUUCGGUGAGGUAGAUAGAUAGCCUGUUGCUAGGACGUCAAAGAGAAAAGUCACGGCGCACACACCCGAGACCUCACUUUCAUAUGUACGAUAGUUGAGGCGCCAGAGGCAAAUUGCGCUCGAAGUAACGCAUCUGGC